AUGGCAACGUCCUCCUUUCACCUCUUCCCUGCUCUACCGCCUGAACUUCGCUUCCAGAUUUGGGAAUCCGCGUUCUCGAUUCCAGCUGUCUGGGCCGGAAUUCUUUUCCGCCCCACAAGAGAGGAUGAGAUCAGCUUGAAGGCACGCGCGUUUACAGCCAUGGCUUUUGGGAAGGCACACUGGGUGAACCUGAGCCACACCGUCGUGUCUUUCUGGAACCCACUUCUUAUCGACUACGUGCUGGCGAACCUCGAUGCCGAUACAAUAUCCAGGUUUAAGCAUGCUGCCAUCACCUGGCAUAUCCACCAGAUUGGCCCCCUCGCUGAAGCAUGCCAGCGCUUAGCGACUGUCUGCCCCGAUCUCAACACCAUCAUCAUCCAAUGGUGGGGGUUGAAGGCGCUCCCCGACGGGCCCAACCGGAAAGAUGCCGUUGAAAAUCGACCACCACCAUAUCCGUUGAACCCAGAGACAGCCGCCCACUUCGCUGAGAUUUCGGUUUAUACCGGGCAUGAAUUGGACUGCCCAGAGAUCGACAUGCCGUAUCUUCGCUCACAGCUGUUGCAGUAUUUCGGCGCCUACCCCCCAAAGCUGCAUUUGGUGACCACGAAACUGAGCCGGCGGUUGCCUUAG